GGCGGGCGGGAGGAGUGGGUCGCGUCCCGUCCCGCGGCUCUGCCAUUUCCAGCGGGGUUUCCUCGUUCUAUUUAUUUAUUUUAUUUCUUUUCCAUCGGGUCUGUUUUUUUUUUUUUUUUUUUUUUUAAUUUUGCUCUGGCCGGUCGAAGGAUACUAAGCGGAGAUCAAUGAAGGAAAGAAGAGCGAGCCAGAAGUUAUCGAGCAAGGCGGUGAUGGAUCCUAACCAGAACGUGAAGUGCAAAAUCGUGGUGGUGGGGGACAGCCAGUGCGGCAAAACCGCGCUGCUCCACGUCUUCGCUAAGGACUGCUUCCCCGAGAGUUACGUCCCCACCGUUUUCGAGAAUUACACGGCCAGCUUCGAGAUCGAUACUCAGCGCAUCGAGCUCAGCCUGUGGGACACCUCCGGGUCUCCUUAUUAUGACAACGUCCGUCCGCUCUCUUACCCAGACUCUGAUGCAGUCUUGAUCUGCUUUGACAUCAGUCGUCCAGAGACUCUUGACAGUGUGCUAAAAAAGUGGAAAGGAGAAAUCCAGGAGUUCUGUCCAAAUACCAAAAUGCUUUUGGUUGGUUGCAAGUCAGACCUGCGCACGGAUGUAAGCACACUUGUAGAACUCUCCAAUCACAGGCAGACGCCCGUGUCCUAUGAUCAGGGUGCAAAUAUGGCCAAACAGAUUGGAGCAGCUACGUACAUUGAAUGCUCAGCCUUACAGUCAGAAAACAGUGUCAGAGACAUUUUUCAUGUUGCCACCUUGGCAUGUGUGAAUAAAACAAACAAAAACGUGAAACGAAACAAAUCACAGAGGGCAACAAAGCGAAUUUCACACAUGCCUGGCAGGCCAGAACUUUCUACAGUGGCUACAGACUUGCGAAAGGACAAAGCAAAGAGUUGCACGGUGAUGUGAAGGACCUGGAUUUCCUUGAGCAGGAGGAAGAGAGCAUUCGGGAGUAGUGGAGGCUCAAUGAAGUGUGCAGCCACGUGGUAUUUAAUGAGUGCUUCUGCCAGUGCUUUAAAGGAGACUCUUCACUUGUGUGAGACUGUACUUAGGAACUGAGCAUGUAGACCGAGCAGGGAGAAGAAAUGGCUCUGAAUGAGGUGGCAUCAGGAGAUGGUACGUGGAAGAAAAUGCCAAAAAUCAGAACACUUGAAUGUGCUGGGGAAAAAAAAAAAAAUAAGAGGGUGAAUAGGAAAAAAAAAACCCACCACAAAGAAGAGAGACGUCAUUGACAGUGCUUGUUUCUUUUAUUGAUGCUCUAUUCCCGGAUGCUACUGCUUUGAUUUCAUUAAAAUGAUACUUCAAUGUUUUUUUUUUUUUAAAGAAGACAUUAUUAAUACACCCUCGUUAAGGAACUAUUCCUGUGACCUUGUAGUUGGUUUUCCAAAGGAGAUGAUCUAAUUUUGUAGUAGCUCCUCGUUGAAAUGCAGAGUAUACCAAGGCCUAUACAUCACCUAGAGGAAAACACUGUACGUGAGAAGUUUGGAGCUUUGCCUUUCUGAGAUGGCAGCACGAGCUGAAUCACAGUGACAUGUUGGUCAUGGAGAUGGCUGUGUGAGGUUUCCCAGUGUAAGAGGUGCCCUCACAGCAGGAAUUAAAUGGAUCCAGGUGGGAUGUGAGGGCAAACUGCCUGCCUUUUGGAGUCUGACUUUCAAUUCCUCUUCGUGAUUGUAAUUUGAGGUGGAAAUGAUCUCAAGUUCUGGUGUACUGUAUGGGUAUUUCACUGUAGGUUCGGCUCUGAAAUCAAGCGAAAGGUGCUAAGAGCUAUGAUUACAAAUGAUUCCUAGUUUAAAAACAAAAAACACAAUUCGUUAAGCCUUACUGCCCAUCUGGAGAAGCCCUGAGCAUCCUCUGCUCCUGCUCAGAGCUGGGGAGCCCGGUGGUUCCCACACAUCUAGCCCUCUGUAAAUGCUAUGAAGUGCUAUUCUGUGAUACGGUUCUCUGCAACAACGUUGGGAAAAACCCAAAAAUCUGCAGGUGAGCCAGGUUACCCAUGGUUAGCCACUGGUGUGCAGCUGUUUGGGGCAGCCACCUCUCAGCACAGUCUUCAUUUGCUCAUGGUGGGCACUGUGAGGAAAUGGAGUCUGAAGAACUGUGACGCCUUAAGGGGACCCCAGUGGAAACUGGAUACAGCAUUUAGUCUUUAAGGCUAAUAUCUACUUAUCCAGACAGCAGUCCUUAACCAUUACGUGGGUGAACUGGUUAAGUUCUUUUUUUUUUUCCUUACUGAUUGCUGUUGUUACAUUAACUCUGUUAGCCCUUAAAUUUGUUCACAACUGUUUACUGACUGACUUCAUGGCUCCUCUGGAGGGGGGAUGCUGUAAUCUCUAACCGGUGUGGCUAUAGCUUGUUGAGAACAAGCAGUUUGUUUCCAAGGAUGAUGCUUCAUUUUUGAAGUGUUGAAGCUGUGUUCAUGUUGACUUCUGCAAAGGUAAAGGAUUACCACAAUUAAAACUCAGUGUGUUCCCAGCACUUUUUUUUUUUCAUCCAGUGACAAAAAAAAAAAAAGAAAUCCAUUCCAAUUAUUUCCCACACAAAAAGACAUUUCUUUACCACCAUAAUAAGCUUAUGACUGAUGCAGCAGUGCGCUUAGGGCAGUAUUACAAAAUAGCUGGUAAGUGCUUUCUGUAUUUAAAUAUUGUGGAAGAAAAUAAGUUAUAACUGUUAUAAAACAGGACACUCAUUACAUUUUUUUUUUUUAAACUGUUGAAGUCACUUUGUAUGUUCGGUUAAUGUUUCUGCAGUAUUUAUUAAAAUACCAUUCUUUUCUUUGAAUUAAAAAGAAAGUAAUUGACUUGUAGUAGAAAUGGCCUUUGUGUGUUAGUUCAUUUCUGUUUGUGGAUGUAAUUGUACUGAGCUGCAACCUGGCCACAGCUUGGAAAUGGAGUGGGAUGCAAAUAGAAAUCCGUCUCACACUUGGAAUUGCCUUUUGGGUUUUUUGGAGUAAAAAGUAUGUCAUGUGGAUUAUUUGAGCUGUAUUUCUCAAAAGGUCAGAGGCAGACAGAGGAAACUAGAGCAAGUGAACAAGUGUGGUUUGCUUUGGCCUCCAAAGCAUUGCCUGCUUAUCUUCAGGAGGUCUCACACAUCCAGGCUGUUCUAGGAGCUUUUCUUUCCUUCUCCUUGUGAGAUAAGCAGACAGGCUUUGCUGCCUGGUUGCCUUCUCAUUAGGACAUCAU